AUGAUUCCCAGAAUGCACUGAGAGAGAGAAGGAGGAUCCUGAGGCCCUGUACAUAUUUGAGAAGAUGUUGGAGACCUGUGGCAGUGAGAGGUCUCUGAAGAUCACACUCCACAUCCUGAGGAACAUGAAGCAGAAGGAUCUCACUGACUCACUGGAGAGAGAUGAGCAGCACAACGAAUCCAUAAAAAGCAUUCAGCAGGCACUGAAAACUCAUCUAAAGAAGAAGGUUGAAUGCAUAUUUGAAGGUUUAGCAAAGCAGGGCCACCCAACCCUCCUCAAUGAGAUCUAUACAGAGCUCUACAUCAUCAAGGGGGGAAGUAGGGGGAUCAAUAAUGAACACGAGGUCAGACACAUUGAAACAACAUCCAUGAGACAAACCACAACGGAAACUGCAAUCCUCUGCAAUGACAUCUUUAAGCCUUUACCUGGACAAGAGAAACCCAGAACUGUGCUUACAAAGGGCAUCGCUGGCAUUGGGAAAACAGUCUCUGUGCAGAAGUUCAUUCUGGACUGGGCAGAAGGAAAGGCCAAUCAGGACAUUGAUUUCAUCUUCACUCUUCCUUUCCGAGAUCUGAAUCUGAAAAAGGAGAGAGAAUUCAGUCUGAUGCAACUUCUGCAACACUACUUACCACAACUGAAAGAGAUCAAAAGUGUUGAAGGUGAUGAAGUCAAAGUUGUGUUCAUCUUUGAUGGUCUGGAUGAGUGUCGACUUCCUCUAGAGUUUCAAAGCAAUGAGAUCUGCUGUGAUAUAACAGAGUCAUCAUCAGUAGAUGUGCUGCUGACCAACCUCAUUAAGGGGAAUCUGUUUCCUUCUGCUCUCCUCUGGAUCACCUCCCGACCAGCAGCAGCCAAUGAGAUUCCUCCUGAGUCUGUCCACCUGGUGACAGAGGUACGAGGGUUCAAUGACCCACAGAAGGAGGAGUACUUCAGAAAGAGAAUCAGAAAUGAGAACCGGGCCAGCAGAAUUAUCUCACACAUAAAGUCAUCCAGGAGUCUCUACAUCAUGUGUCACAUACCAGUCUUCUGCUGGAUUUCUGCUACCGUUCUGGAGACAAUGUUAGGUAAAGAGAGUGGAGAUCUGCCCAAAACUCUGACUGAAAUGUACACACAGUUCUUGCUCAUUCAGACUAAUGUGAAGAAUCAGAAGUAUCAUGGCACCGAUGAAACAAACCCAAAGAAAGUGUCAGCAUCAGAUACAGAAAUCAUCCUGAAUCUGGGGCAGCUGGCUUUUCUACAGCUGGAAAAGGGCAAUCUGAUAUUCUAUGAAGAGGACCUGAGAGAGCGUGGCAUUGAUGUCACUGAAGCUUCAGUGUACUCUGGGGUGUGCACAGAGAUCUUUAAAGAGGAGUGUGGGUUGGCUCAGGAGAAAGUCUACUGCUUUGUGCAUCUGAGCAUUCAGGAGUAUCUGGCUGCCUUGUUUGUGUUUCAUUCAUGUGUAAAUGAGAACAGAAAUGUACUCAGAUCAGGAGAGUUUAAACCCCACAGUGACAGAGUGCAGCUGUCUGAGGUACAUGAGAUUGCAGUGGAUCAGGCCUUAAAGAGUAAGAAUGGACAACUGGACCUUUUCCUCCGAUUCCUGCUUGGCCUCUCUCUGGACUCCAUUCAGAUUCACUUAGGAGGAAUUCUGACACUGAUAAGCAUGUCAUCUGUACCAGACCCACAGACACAGACAGGAAGCAGAUCACCUGUACUAGACUCACAGACACAGACAGAGAGCAGGUCAGAAAGCAUUGAGAAGACAGUCCAGUACAUUAAGAAAAUGAUCAGGGAGGAAUCUUCAGCAGAGAGGACCAUCAAUUUGUUCCACUGUCUCAAUGAACUGAAUGACAACUCUCUUGUGGAGGAAACGAAUUCCUGA